AUGUCACAACAAAAGACUGCUGAAUUGAUUAAGGAUAUUACAUCCAAAAUUGAAGUUGAAAAGAAUUUGGUAUAUGGUUAUCAACAAGUUAAACUCAAAUCUAAUAAUGCUGAAGUUCUUCAAAAAUGUAAUACUAAAAUUAUAGAAUCUCAAUCAAUUAUUGAUUAUUAUCAAGAAUCUUUAGAUAAAUUAAUUAAACAAACUCAACAAUUAAAUAUAAGAGGUGGAUCUUUACAAUCAAAUGAUUCUCGUGAUAAUAACAAUAAUAACAACAACGACAAUAAUACUCUCCAGUAUCAUCAAACCAGUAGUCCUGUUUCAUAUUCAAGAUUUGAUUUAAUUAAAUAUGAUUGUCCUUCUUUAAGUCAUAAAAUUCAACAUAUGUUACAACAAUUAGAAUUUAAAUUACAAGUUGAAAAUCAAUAUAAAGAAGCUAAUCAAAAAAUGUCUCAACUUUAUUUAAUGGAUGGUGAUAAAUCUUCAAGUAUUGCUGCUGAAGGUGGUAGAACUGAAAGUAAUCAAAGAAUUCAAUUAUUAGAAAAAUCGUUAAAAAAAUAUACCAAUAUUAAUAUUAAUACUGAAGAAUUUUCACGAGAUUUUGAAUUAUUAAAUACUCCAAAACAUGCAAGAAAACCUUCCCGUGGUAGAUUAACAAUUUCGAUUACUUGUGUUAGAGAUGUUGAUCAUAUUGCUUCAACAAUGUUGAAAAAAAGAGAAACUUGUAUUGUAAUUAAAAUUGAUGACAUUGAAAAAGGUAAAACAAAACUUUCAAAAAAUGAUAAAUGGAAUGAUGAAUUUAUUAUUGAUGUUGAAAAAGGUCAUGAAAUUGAAUUUUCUGUUUUAGAUAAACAAGGUACUAAUUUUAUUCCUGUUGCUCUUAAUUGGUUAUUAAUUUCUGAUAUUGCUGAAGAAAUUCGUAAAAAGAAAGUAGCUAAUGAUAUGAAUUCUGGUUGGAUGACUGCGUCACAUAUGCAACAACAACAACAACAAGCAGACGAUAAGAGAUCUAAUACCACUGGAUCUCCUAUGGGGGCAAAGUUCAGUUCGACCCAACCGUUACCUCCUCACAACGAUGCGACACUACCACCUCCACCUCCACCGCCAUCCUCCUCUACUUCAGGACAAGAAUCUAAUGGAAAUGAUCAAAAGGUUCAAAUCAAUACUUGGAUAAGUUUAGAACCAUCAGGACAAAUGUUACUUAGUCUUAAUUUUGAAAAAGAUUCAUCUCAAAAUAGACAAUUUAGAGGUGCACUUGGACGUCAUGGUGCCAUUCGUGAAAAGAAAGAAGAAGUGUUUGAACAACAAGGACAUCAAUUUGUUCAAAAACAAUUCUAUGGAAUUAUGUGUUGUGCCUUAUGUGGAGAAUUUGUUAGAUAUAGUGGGUUCCAAUGUCAAGAUUGUAAAUUCUUAUGUCAUAAAAAAUGUUAUCAAAAAGUUGUUACAAAAUGUAUUUCAAAAUCUGGUAUGGCUGAUGAUGAAGCCAAAUUAAAACAUAGGAUUCCUCAUAGAUUUGAAGCAGUUGCUAAUCAUGGGGCAAAAUGGUGUUGUCAUUGUGGAUAUAUUUUACCAUUUGGUAAGAAGAAUGUUCGGAAAUGUACUGAAUGUGGAGUUAUGUGUCAUACUCAAUGUACUCAUUUAGUUCCAGAUUUCUGUGGAAUGACUAUGCAAAUGGCAAAUCAAAUCUUAUCAACCAUUAAAUCAACCAAAGUUUCCCCGAAGAAACCUCUCCAAAUUAGUCGUCCAUCAUAUACCCCUGGCUCUACUACCACUCAAUUUUCUAAACCGGAAAUGUCUCCAUUAUCACAAACAUUCCCUCCACCUCGUCCAUCUGGAGAACAUUCUAUUUCUGAUGAUGAACACGAAGAUGAUUUGAAAUUACCUACUCAUACCCAAAAUAAAUUUCAAUAUCCAGUUGAAUUCCCAGAACAACAAUUCGCUAACAAACCACGUCCUGCUCCAGCUCCUCCUGGUGAGUCUGAUCUUAGUUUUGAUACUAGUUAUAUUAAAGAACAACAAGAUUUCGAUUUUGGUAAACAACCUUAUCCUGCCUAUGAGUCGAGAAAACCAUUGUUUCAACCGAUUGAUGAAGAUGUAAGAAUGGGUGAAGACCAGCAACAACAGCAACCACAAAUUGAUAAACGGACUCCUCAAGGUGGUGCGUUUGAUGCGUUUGAUUAUCAGAAUGUACAUACUCAAGAUCAAAUUAUGAGUGAAAAAGAUGAAGGUAAUGGUGUGAAUCCAUUCCGGGAUCAAGUUGAUCAUGCUAUGCGAAUUGAAGCUCAACAACAGCAACAACAUGUUCAACAGCAACAUGCUCAUCAUCAUCAUGCUCAUGCACAUCAUCACGCUCGUCAAAAAGAAGGAUCUAGAAAAGUUAAAAAACGGAGAAAGAAGGUUGGAUUGGAUGAUUUUGAAUUUUUGGCCGUAUUAGGAAAAGGAAAUUUUGGGAAAGUUAUGUUGGCAGAAUCAAGAUAUACCAAAAAAUUAUGUGCAAUUAAAGUUUUAAAGAAAGAUUUUAUUGUUGAAAAUGAUGAAGCUGAAAGUGUUAAAUCUGAAAAACGAGUAUUUUUAACUGCAAAUAAAGAAAAACAUCCAUUUUUAUUAAAUUUACAUUGUUGUUUCCAAACUGAAAAUAGAAUCUAUUUCGUCAUGGAAUAUAUCUCGGGUGGGGAUUUAAUGUGGCAUAUCCAGAAAUCAAGAUUUACUGCCAAACGUGCAAAAUUCUAUGCUUGUGAAGUCUUACUCGCUUUGAAAUAUUUCCAUGAAAAUGGAAUCGUAUAUCGUGAUUUAAAAUUAGAUAAUAUCUUACUCACAACCAAAGGACAUAUCAAGAUUGCCGAUUACGGAUUAUGUAAAGAAAACAUGUGGCAUCGUAGCACAACCUCAACUUUCUGUGGUACUCCUGAAUUCAUGGCCCCUGAAAUCGUAGCCGGGAAACCAUAUGAUCGUAGUGUCGAUUGGUGGGCAUUUGGUGUCUUGUUAUUCCAGAUGUUGUUAUGUCAAUCUCCAUUCAAAGGUGAUGAUGAGGAUGAUAUCUUUAAUGCCAUCGAGCAUGAUGAAGUCAAAUAUCCUAUUAGUUUAUCAAGACAGACAGUGUUGGUCUUACAGGCAUUAUUGACCAAGGAUCCAUUGAAGAGAUUGGGUGGUGGUCCUAGAGAUGCAGAAGAGAUUAUGGAACAUCCAUAUUUCCAUGAUGUUAAUUUUGAUGAUGUAUUUCAUUGUAGAAUUGAACCACCUUAUUAUCCUGAGAUUACUAGUGAACAUGAUUAUUCUAAUUUCGAUCAAGAGUUUACUUCGGAGACUCCAAGAUUGACCCCGGUCGAGACUGAACUUACGGCGGAGAUGCAAGAACAAUUUAGAGGAUUUUCUCAUAUUUCGGAAGAUGCUGUCAUUUAUGAAGAUCGUGUUAUGUAA